AUGCUGAUCACUGUGUACUGUGUACGGAGGGACCUGUCUGAGGGAACCUUCUCCCUCCAGGUUAAUCCUGACUUUGAGCUCUGCAACUUCCGAGUCCUCUGUGAACUCGAAUCCGGAGUCCCUGCUGAAGAAAUCCAGAUCAUCUACAUGGAAAAACUUCUCACAGACGAGCACUGCUCCCUGGGCGCCUAUGGCCUCAAAGACGGCGACGUCGUAGUGUUAGUUCAGAAAGAUAAUAUGGGUCCUUGGUCUUCAGGACCGACUCCAAACCAGCCUCGCACGGAUUUCACUGCCUCUGCUGUGCCUGGAACGUCAAGCUCUCGUCCGCAGCACCCGCACCAGCCUCAGCACCAGCGCCCACCGUCAGCUCAGCAGUUCCACGGCUUGGCCUCUGGAGAGAAAAUGGCCCAUCCUCACAGUCUGGAUAACCCUGCCUUAAUUCGCAGCAUGCUGCUUUCCAACCCCCACGAUCUGUCCCUACUGAAGGAACGCAAUCCCUCUUUGGCGGAGGCCCUGCUCAGUGGAAACCUUGAGACGUUUUCUCAGGUGCUGAUGGAGCAGCAAAACGAACAGUUCUUGAGAGAGCAAGAAAGGUUGCGUCUCUAUAAUGCUGACCCAUUUGAUCAGGAAGCACAGGCCAGAAUAGAAGAAGAGAUCCGACAACAGAACAUCGAAGAAAACAUGAACAUAGCGAUGGAAGAGGCUCCUGAGAGUUUUGGACAAGUGGCCAUGCUCUAUAUUAACUGCAAAGUAAAUGGACAUCCCUUGAAGGCUUUUGUUGACUCUGGUGCACAGAUGACCAUCCUGAGUCAAGCUUGUGCUGAGAGAUGUAACAUCAUGAGGCUGGUGGACAGGCGGUGGGCUGGAGUCGCUAAAGGGGUAGGCACGCAGAGGAUCGUGGGCCGUAUUCACCUGGCUCAGAUUCAAAUUGAAGGUGAUUUCCUGCAGUGCUCUUUCUCCAUACUGGAAGAGCAGCCCAUGGACAUUCUUCUAGGACUAGACAUGCUCAGGAGGCAUCAGUGUUCCAUCGACUUGAAGAAGAACGUGCUGGUGAUUGGUACCACUGGCACACAGACUUCCUUCCUUCCUGAGGGAGAGCUACCUUUGUGUGCUAGGUUGGUAAGUGGUAUUGGGCAAGACGAGUCUUCAGACAAAGAAGCAACAAAUAAUAUUAAAUAUUCAGUCAAGGAUUCGGGACGGAAAAAGCGCUGA